UGCACCUCUUCAUACAGUACCCAAAAGGAAAAAGCUUCUAUAAAUACGUUAUCGGAUAUCAAUCCUUCACCUUUGUGAUUCUCUCUCAUCUCAUCAGAAUCAGAAAACCCGAAAAUAGGAAUUUUACGGUGUCCUAUCCUCGCCGGAAUAUAUUUUUAGUCUCUCAGGCGGCCUUCCAUUAUCUUUUCAUCAUCAUGACGACUUCAAGACGUGUUGCAGAUCGGAAGGUGGAGAAGUUUGAUAAGAACAUCGUGAGGCGUGGAUCAGUUCCUGAAACAUUUGCGAAAAAGGGAAAGAGCUACCCUGUUGGCCCUGUUAUGCUUGGGUUUUUCGUUUUUGUUGUCAUCGGAUCAUCUUUGUUUCAGAUAAUCAGGACAGCUACAAGCGGAGGAAUGGCUUGAUUGGACUGCUACGUUCGUAUCUGUUUUAAUAUCCUCAGCAGCUACCGCUGUUUGCCAUCUGAAUCUAAAAUUUCGUGAACGUAUUACUCCUUUGUGUUUAAUUCUGGGCAAUUACUAUCAGUAUUAGUGAUCUUUUGUAUAACAUUUCAUGUUUGUUUUUUC